AUGCCUAGCCUUGCGGAGGCGAGGGCGGCGGGGCGCGCGGUGGCCCUGGCUCUGGCGCUGCUGCUGCCCGCGGUGCCCGGCGCCCCGCCGCGGCCCCUGCUCACACUGCAGCCCGGCAUGCCCCACGUGUGUGCCGAGCAGGAACUGACCCUGGUGGGCCGCCGCCAGCCCUGUGUGCGGACCUUCAGCCGCACGGUGCCCGUGUGGAAGCCGGGAUGCGGGUGGCAGGCGUGGUGCGUCAGCCACGAGAGGAGGACCGUCUACUACAUGGGCUACAGGCAGGUGUAUGCCACGGAGGCCCGGACCGUGUUCAGGUGCUGCCGAGGGUGGACCCAGCAGCCUGGCGAGGAGGGCUGCCUCUCCCCCGAGUGCAGUGCUGGGUUCUGCUUUCAUGGCGGCCGCUGUGUGCCAGGCUUGGCCCAGCCCUGCCACUGUCCCCAAGGCUUCCGGGGCCCCCGCUGUCAGUACGAUGUGGACGAGUGCCAGGCACACAAUGGCGGCUGCCAGCACAGGUGCGUGAACACCCCGGGCUCCUACCUCUGCGAGUGCAAGCCCAGCUUCCGGCUCCACACAGACGGCAGGACCUGCCUGGCCAUCAACUCCUGCUCCCUGGGCAAUGGUGGCUGCCAGCACCGCUGUGUCCAGCUCACAGCGACCCAGCACCGCUGCCAGUGCCGGCCUGAGUUCCAGCUGCAGGAGGAUGGCAGGCGCUGUGUCCGGAGAAGCCCGUGUGCGGAUGGGAACGGCGGCUGCAUGCACACGUGCAGGGCGCUCCGGGGCCUGGCCCACUGUGAGUGCCACACGGGCUACCGGCUGGCAGGGGACCGCAAGGCCUGCGAAGAUGUGGAUGAAUGUGCCACGGGGCUGGCCCAGUGUGCCCACGGCUGCCUCAACACUCGAGGAUCCUUUAAGUGCGUGUGCCAUGCAGGCUACGAGCUGGGCGCUGAUGGCUGGCAGUGCUACCGGAUCGAGAUGGAGAUUGUAAACAGCUGCGAGGUCAACAACGGCGGUUGCUCCCAUGGCUGCAGCCACAGCAGCACGGGGCCCCUCUGUACCUGCCCCCGUGGCUAUGAGCUGGAUGAGGACCAGAAGACGUGCAUCGAUGUCGACGACUGUGCCAACUCCCCAUGCUGCCAGCAGGUGUGCACCAACAACCCCGGCGGUUACGAGUGCGGCUGCUAUGCCGGCUACCGGCUCAGCACCGAUGGCUGCAGCUGUGAGGAUGUGGAUGAGUGCGCUUCUGGCCGCGGUGGCUGUGGGCACCACUGUGCCAACCUGGCUGGCUCCUUCCAGUGCUCCUGCGAGGCCGGCUACAGGCUGGACGAGGACCGCCGGGGCUGCACCCCCCUGGAGGAGCCCACGGUGGACCUAGAGUUGCCCACGGUGGACCUAGAGGUCCAGCUGCCCUUUGUGCGGCCACUGCCCCACAUCGCGGUGCUCCGGGACGAGCUGCCGCAGCUCUUCCAGGACGACUACGGUGGGGCUGACAAGGAGGAGGCGGAGUUGCGGGGCGAACACACGCUCACAGAGAAGUUUGUCUGCCUGGGUGACACCUUCGGCCACGACUGCAGCUUGACCUGCGAUGACUGCAGGAAUGGAGGGACCUGCCUCCCGGGCCUGGAUGGCUGUGACUGCCCAGAGGGCUGGACCGGGAUCAUCUGCAAUCAGACUUGUCCUGAAGACACUUUUGGGAGGAACUGCAGCCUCUCCUGCAGCUGUGAGAACGGCGGGACCUGCGACCCCGUGACGGGGGCCUGCCGCUGUCCCCCGGGUGUCAGUGGAGCCCACUGCGAGGACGGCUGCCCCAAGGGCUUCUAUGGCAAGCACUGUCACAAGAAAUGCCACUGUGCCAACCGGGGCCGGUGCCACCGCCUCUAUGGGGCCUGCCUCUGUGACCCGGGGCUCUACGGCCGCUUCUGCCAUCUUGCCUGCCCGCCGUGGGCCUUCGGGCCGGGCUGCUCGGAGGAGUGCCGGUGCUUACAGCCCAACACGCAGUCGUGCGACAGGAAGGAUGGCAGCUGCUCCUGCAAGGCGGGCUUCCGGGGCGAGCGGUGCCAGGAUGAGUGCGAGCUGGGCUUCUUCGGGCCGGGGUGCCGGCACGCGUGCACCUGCCCACCAGGCGUGGCUUGUGACCCUGUGAGUGGCGAAUGUCGGAAGCAGUGUCCUGCCGGCUACUGGGGAGAGGACUGUGGCCAAGAGUGCCCAGCAGGGACGUUCGGUGUGAACUGCUCGGGCUCCUGCUCCUGUCAGGGAGCCCCCUGCCACCGGGUCAUGGGGCAGUGCCUGUGCCCGCCAGGGAGGACUGGGGAAGACUGUGGGGCAGAUUGUCCCGAGGGCCGCUGGGGGCUUGGCUGCCAGGAGAUCUGCCCCACGUGUGAACAUGGCGCUGGCUGUGACCCCGAGACCGGAGCCUGCCUGUGCCGCCCGGGCUUCGUUGGCUCCCGCUGCCAGGACGCAUGCCCAGCAGGCUGGUUUGGGCCUGGCUGCCAGAUGAGGUGCUCUUGUGCCAACGACGGGCACUGCGACCCAGCCACGGGACACUGCAGCUGUGCCCCCGGGUGGACCGGCCUCAGCUGCCAGAGAGCCUGUGACAGUGAGCACUGGGGACCCGACUGCAGCCACACCUGCAACUGCAGCGCAGGCCACGGGAGCUGCGACGCCACCAGUGGCCUAUGCCUGUGUGAGGCCGGCUAUGUGGGCCCGCGGUGUGAGCAGCGGUGUCCCCAGGGCCACUUCGGGCCUGGCUGUGAGCGGCGGUGCCUGUGUGAGCAUGGGGCAGCCUGUGACCACGUCAGCGGGGCCUGCACCUGCCCGGCCGGCUGGAGGGGAACCUUCUGCGAGCAUGCCUGCCCGGCCGGCUUCUUUGGGUUGGACUGCCGCAGGGCCUGCAACUGCACUGUGGGAGCCACCUGCGAUGCCGUGAGUGGCUCCUGCUUCUGCCCCGCCGGCCGCCGUGGCCCCCGCUGCAGCCAGACCUGCCCAGCCCUAACCUAUGGGCACAACUGCAGCCAGGCCUGCAUCUGCUUUAACGGGGCAUCCUGUGACCCCGUCCAUGGGCAGUGCCGCUGUGCCCCUGGCUGGAUGGGGCCCACCUGCCUGCAGGCCUGCCCCACCGGCCUGUACGGCGAGGACUGUGGACAUUCCUGCCUCUGCCAGAACGGAGGGACCUGCGACCCUGUCUCAGGCCACUGUGAAUGCUCAGAGGGCUGGGCUGGCCUGGCCUGUGAGAACGAGUGCCUCCCUGGGCGCUUCGGAGCUGGCUGCCAACACAGCUGCAGCUGCGAAAACGAUGGCCUCUGUGACCGGCACACGGGCCGCUGCCUCUGCCUGGCUGGCUGGACUGGGGACAAAUGCCAGAGCCCGUGUCCACGCGGCUGGUUCGGAGAGGCCUGUGGCCAGCGCUGCCACUGCCCGCCUGGUGCCCCCUGCCACCACGUCACUGGGGAGUGCCGCUGUCCACCCGGCUUCACUGGGCCCGGCUGCGAGCAGGCCUGUCUGCCCGGCACCUUUGGGGAGGACUGUGGGCGCAUGUGCCGGUGUCCCGGCGAGAACCAGGCCUGCCAUCCUGCCACGGGGGCCUGCGUGUGUGCUGCUGGCUACCACGGCACCGGCUGCCAGCAACGAUGCCCGCCUGGGUGGUACGGGCCAGGCUGUGAGCAGCUGUGUGGGUGUCUCAACGGGGGCUCCUGCGAUGUGGCCACGGGGGCCUGCCGCUGCCCCACGGGGUUCCUCGGGGCCAACUGCAGCCUCACCUGUCCACAGGGCCGCUUCGGCCCCAACUGUGCCCAUGUGUGCGUGUGUGGGCAGGGGGCGUCCUGCGACCCUGUGACCGGCACCUGCAUCUGUCCCCCGGGGAGGGCCGGCGUCCACUGUGAGCACGGCUGUGCCCAGGACCGGUUUGGCGUGGGCUGUGAGCGCGAGUGUGUCUGCAGAAACGGGGGCCGCUGCCAUGCCGCCAACGGCAGCUGCUCCUGUGGCCUGGGCUGGACGGGGCCACGCUGCGAGCUGGCCUGUCCCCCUGGGCGCUACGGAGCUGCCUGCCGCCUGGAGUGUUCCUGUCACAACAAUGGCACAUGUGAGCCCACCACGGGGGUCUGCCACUGCGGCCCGGGCUUCUAUGGCCAGGCCUGUGAGCACCCCUGUCCGCCUGGCUUCCAUGGUGCUGGCUGCCAGGCAGCGUGUGAGUGUCAGCACGGAGCCCCUUGUGACCCCAUCGGCGGCCAGUGCCUCUGCUCUGCCGGCUUCCAGGGCCAGUUCUGUGAGAGGGGGUGCGAGCCAGGCUCAUUCGGAGAGGGCUGCCGCCAACGGUGUGUCUGUGACAGGGGGGCACCUUGUGACCCUGUCACUGGCCUCUGCCUUUGCCCGCCAGGAACCACAGGAGCAAUGUGUGAGCUGGAUUGCAGAGGGGGCUACUUUGGGCCGGGCUGUUCUCUGCGCUGUGACUGCGGGGGUGGAUCUGACUGUGACCCUGUCAGUGGGCAGUGCCACUGUGUGGAUGGCUACAUGGGGCCCACGUGCCGGGAAGGUGGCCCCCCCCAGCUCCCCGAGAGCCCAUCCCGAGCCCAGGGCCCAGUGGCCACACACCCACCCUCCAGCAGACCAGCAUCUGGGCUCAGCAGUAGGGCGUCAAGGCACUAGCUGAGGGGGCCCUGCCUCUGGGCUCCAGCCCGAAGGGACCCAGGCUUUGGUGACAACUAAGGAGGGACUCCGUGGGCCCAGGACUCUUGGCCCCGCUCUUCUCUCCAAAGGGCUGUGGACAGCUGUUCAGCCUCUGGCUCGGUGAGGGUUGUGUGGCCGUGAGGAAGGAGCCCUGCCUGGAACUCUGCAGAACCCCAGCGAGUGGACAGGCCUCGGCUACAUGGCUGCACAGGGCAGCAGAACAUGCUGAGGAAGCCCUGCCCCUCCCUGCAGCCCCAGGACUGAGGGCAGGUGUGGGGCCCCCGCCCUCUGAGCAGGUUCUUCUGGUGCUAGGCCUGGGACUGCUGCAGCUCAGCCGCUGCAGACCCGGAAACGCAGCCCGGCCCCUAUUUAUGUGGAGGUGUUCGUGGGCAGCUGUGCAAGCCCGCCGCAGCCCUGGGUUGGCUGGAAGCUGCCCCUCCAUCUCCUGCCCACAAACAGGUCUGCAGGGCCGUGAGGGGUCUCCAGGCUGCAGGCUCAGGUACUGUGUGAUGCCUAGUAAGUUAAAGGAGUAGUGGCUUCCCUGUG